GGAAGUGCCUCGCGCAGUUCGUCGCUGUUGUCGCUCAGGUGAGCUCACCGAAAGUUUGGUCAGACAGCAGGAUGGCGGACGACACGUACGAGUCGAUUCUUUGCGUGAAACCGGAGGUUCACGUGUACAGGAUUCCUCCGCGGGCUUCUAAUCGAGGAUAUCGUGCUGCGGACUGGAAGCUGGACGAACCGGCCUGGAGCGGCCGCAUGAAGAUCACUGCAAAGGCCAAAACUGCCUUUAUUAAACUGGAGGACAAGAACACAGGUGAGCUGUUUGCACAGGCUCCAGUAGAUCAGUAUCCCGGUGCGUCUGUAGAAGCUGUAACAGAUUCCAGUCGCUAUUUUGUGAUCAAGAUUGAAGAUGGGAACGGACGUCAUGCGUUCAUUGGGCUCGGCUUCGCUGACCGCGGAGACUCGUUUGACUUCAACGUGGCCCUGCAGGACCAUUUUAAGUGGGUGAAACAGGAAGGUGAACUGGCCAAACAGGAAGCCAAUCAGAGCGCAGCUCCUAAACUGGACCUCGGCUUUAAAGAAGGUCAGACCAUCAAGAUCAGCCUCGGGAACAUAAAGAAGAAGGACACAGCUGGAGUUAAGUCACGUCCUGCCGGUGCUGGGGGUCUGCUCCCACCUCCUCCUGGUGGGAAAAGUGGUGGACUCCUCUCUCCUCCUCCUGGCUCCGCCCAGCCGGCUGCUCCGCCCACUCAACAGAGCACAGGGUUGUUGCUGGAUUUUGGAGCAUCUCAGCCUCAGCCUCAGGCAUCUCAGGACCUGUGGGGUGAUUUCACUGCUGCAGGAUCAGGAGAGAAACAUCUCUCUCUCUCUCUCUCUCUCUCUCUCUCUCUGCAGCACGACUCAGGAAAGUGUGAAACCAGGAUGGGUACAGUUUUGAUUAUGUGAACUGGUCCGCACAUGUGUGUGAGGGCUGGAAGACACACACUCACUCACACUCUCACACACACACACACACACACACACAUACAUACAUAUAUAUAUAUACAAGAACACACCCUAUUUGUCCUCAGAGAGAGGUAGAUGAAAAACUGGAGAGAAAACAACAAAUGAAAUCUGAGAUCUGUUUUGCUCUCGCUCUCUAAAGCACACACACACACACACACACACACUCAAAGUGAGUUGUGUCAUGUGCACGUUUGUACGUUUUGAGCUCACUGAGAGUGGAGUGAGGAUCCACAUUCCACUUUUUUCUUUAGGAAAGUAUUCUUGAAGUGUAUUGGGUUGUUUGUUUGUUUGUUUCUCAUGCAGUGGGAUCUGCUUUUAUCUUUUAUUUUUGUUCUUCAUUAAUGAUCUUUGUUGUUUACUUUGACGCUUUUACUCAGAGCGAUUUGUUACGAGUGAGGCGAUGUGAAAUCCGCUCACAGAGCCGAGCUGCUGAGAAAAUCUUUGACCUCGCGACCUUCAGGUCAUUAGAGCAGCAUGCUGUCCAUCAUCUCACUGUUCGGUUUACUGUCUGGUUUUAUACACGCUAGCUCGAUGAUCUGAAUGCUUUUAUUUUUGGGCCCAUGAAGGAACCAGCGAAUUAAGAAAAAAACAACUUUUUAGUGUUUAAAGCAGGAGUUUGUACGAAAAAAAAUGAAUCUUUUACACCACAGGGAGUCGGUCAUCCAGGACAUGUUUGGUGCCUGUGAUGUUUUAGCAUUUUGCUAAACCUGGAGGCUACAGAUCUGUAUUUCAUGCUAGCUACGUAUUAGCUACCUAGUGUAAAACUCCAGAAGGAGACUUCAGAGGUCAGAUACUGAUCAUGUUCUCUAGCAGAUUUCUGACCAGAAGCUCCUAAAGCUUAGUGUCACUGUUUUCACUACAAUUAAAAACCCACGUCUCUAUAAUUAUAUUCAGUCAGAAUCAAUGUUAAUGUCAGAGCAGGUUUUAUCAUUUCCCCUAAACAGACACACACACACACACACACGUUUCAUGAUGCUGUUCUGGAAUGACUUUCUCCACUGUGAUCGCAUUUAAACAUUUUAUCUUUUCCCAAGUGCCUUUACUGAUAGAAACACGUGUAUAAAAUGUAAAGCAACACUUUCAUUUGUAAAUAAAAUUAAAUUUUUCCCCUUUUCUGUCA